UUGGGGCGCUACGCAGCCGCGCGGGGCGGGAAGGAGAGAAAUGCGUCCUUCGCUGCUGCCUGCCUUCGCCCCUGUCCGCGUCGGGAGAGGAGGCACUGUGGAGCCCACGCCUGCCAACUCGCCCUAGAAGUCCCAGGGUGCGGCAGGGCGCCCCUCCCGGUCCCCAAGGGCUCCCACCUCUCCGCGAUUGAGUCGGCGCAGGUGGCUUUGGCCCCUGCCCCGGGACCAGUGCCAAUGACUCUGGUGGUGGUUUCGCUUUCUCCUCUCGAAGUCCUGUGAACGAGUGUCCCCUGCGUGAUGGGCAAUCAGGUGGAGAAAUUAACCCACCUAAGUUACAAGGAAGUUCCCACGGCCGACCCGACCGGCGUGGACCGAGAUGAUGGGCCCCGCAUAGGAGUCUCUUACAUUUUCUCCAAUGAUGACGAGGAUGUGGAACCGCAGCCACCGCCCCAGGGCCCUGAUGGCGGAGCUUUGCCGGACUCGGGAGACCGGCCCCCCCUGCCCCCGCCGCAGCCCUAUGACCCGCGGCAGCACGAGGUGGAAUGCUCGGUGUUUUAUCGGGACGAGUGCAUCUAUCAGAAAAGCUUCGCGCCGGGGUCGGCGGCGCUAAGCACCUACACACCCGAGAACCUGCUCAACAAGUGCAGUCCGGGCGACCUCGUGGAGUUUGUGUCGCAGGCGCAGUACCCGCACUGGGCUGUCUAUGUGGGCAAUUUCCAGGUAGUGCACCUGCACCGCCUGGAGGUGAGCAACAGCUUCCUGACCGACGCCAGCCAGGGUCGGCGCGGCCGCGUGGUCAACGAUCUAUAUCGCUACAAGCCUCUGAGCCCCAGCGCUGUGGUGCGCAACGCGCUGGCGCACGUGGGCGCCAAGGAGCGCGAGCUCAGCUGGCGCAACUCGGAGAGCUUUGCUGCCUGGUGCCGCUAUGGCAAACGCGAGUUCAAGAUCGGUGGCGAGCUGCGCAUCGGCAAGCAGCCCUACCGAUUGCAGAUUCAGCUCUCGGCUCAACGUAGCCACACUCUCGAGUUCCAGAGCCUGGAGGACUUGAUCAUGGAGAAGCGGCGCAACGACCAAAUCGGACGCGCGGCGGUGCUGCAGGAGCUCGCCACGCACCUACACCCGGCUGAGCCGGAUGAGGGCGACAGCGAUGCGGCUCGGACUACACCGUCUCCCCUGCGCCCCCCUGCACCGGGCUCCGAGGAGGAGGAUGGAUACUCGGUGGUGCACUGAUACUUACUUAACCUGGGCCCUGAGCUGCAGAAGGGAGCUGUUUGCAACGGCCGCGCCCCCUUCCUCCCCACCCACACCCCCUUCACCGGGGCCCCAUUUGAUAUUCUUGGGCCUUUUGGAAAACGCAGAGUUGGUGAGAUGCACAGCCGACUAUGGACAGGGGAGGAGGAAGGGGACGAGGGAGCAGGUAGGAGCACGUUGACUGGUGGGUGGCCAUGGGGAACAUUUCCUUCCCGCCCCCGCAGUCUGCCUUUCUUUCUGUGGCGAGGUAAAGUGAACUU